AAAAUAAAAAAAUAAAAAAUAAAUCUAAGUACUAAUUAUUAGAAAUAUGAUGUUUUUUUUUUUAAAUAUGCCAAAUAUACACAUGAAAUUGCUAUAUCUAAAGGGUGGGAGUAGGCAAUAUAUCAUAUUCAAAAUCAUAAUUUUCACCAAAAAAAAUAUUCAAAAUCAUAAUUCUAUGGACCUCACAUACAAAUGGUAGGUAUUAAUUAAUCAAAUUUAAACAAGGAUAAAGAGGGAAAAGUGUUACAAAUUGCAUAAAGUUGCUUAAAACAAAUUUGCAUAAAAUCUUCUAUUGCCUUCUUAAAACCGAUAAUCACUCUCACUAACAAUUAUACCAAUCAUUCUGCUUUGUCCUUCCAAUAAACAAACAAAAUUUCAAAAAAAAAAAAAAAAAAAAAAUCCAAAAUUAUUGCUCUAUAUACAGCCAAUUUUUCCACUUAACAGUUGUUAUUUUCCUAUCUAACACAAAUUAUGUGAUAAUAUCAAACUCAUUUGUCCUAAUCAAAUUUUAAUUUUUUUUGAAAAAAAAUUAUGGGGUCUGCAACAUCAUCAAUGGCAUCAAAAUUUGCCUUUUAUCCUCCAGAUCCACCAACAUAUAGAAUUAUAAGUGACGAAACAACUAAAAAACCGGCUCUUUCGAAUGUUCUUAGGAGGGAAAAUGUUGAUGUGUUGAAGUUGUGCACAAAAAGAGGCAAUCAAAUUGUUGCUGUUUUUAUUAAGAACCCUUCUGCUACAUUAACUGUCCUGUAUUCUCAUGGUAAUGCUGCUGAUUUAGGCCAGAUUUUUAACAUCUUCUCUGAGCUUAGUGCUCAUCUUGAUGUUAAUCUUAUGGGGUAUGAUUACUCUGGUUAUGGUCAAUCUUCUGGGAAGCCAAGUGAGCAGGAUACAUAUGCAGAUAUAGAAGCAGCAUAUAAAUGUCUAGGAGAAAAGUAUGGAGUAAAAGAUGAAAACCUUAUAUUAUAUGGACAGUCUGUAGGGAGCGGUCCAACUCUCGAGCUAGCGAUACGUGUUCCUCGUCUGAGGGCUGUAAUCCUACAUAGUGCCAUCCUCUCAGGCAUCCGUGUUAUGUAUCCUGUCAAACGAAGUUACUGGUUUGACAUUUAUAAGAACAUAGACAAAGUUCCUCUAGUCAAUUGUCCUGUUUUAGUUAUCCAUGGAACAGCAGAUGAAGUGGUGGAUUACUCACAUGGUAAAAAAUUAUGGGAACUAUGCAAGGAAAAGUAUGAACCUUUAUGGGUGAUAGGAGGAAAUCACUGCAAUUUGGAGCUUUAUCCAGAGUACUUGAGGCAUCUUACUAAGUUCAUUUCAGCGAUUCAGAAACUACCGCCUUCCCAAGAUAUAAUACUAGAAUCUGAGCAAAUUAAUGCAGAUUUGUCGGAAUCAGGUGGUGAUGUAAAAGGAAUUAGUUUUCGGUCUAGUACAGACCAAAGUGAAAAGUCUUCUUCUCGACUAAUCAAUGAGCACCGUGACAAGUCUAGAACAAGUGUUGAUGAUAAGGAGAAGCCCAGGGCAAGCAGUGAUAGGAAAGAAAGAGCAAGGAGGAGCAUUGACAAACAAAGCAAAACCAGAAAUAGUACAGAUCAAGCUGAGAAGCCGAGGAGAAGCUUUGAUAGGUUUGGAGACAUGGUGAGAUCGGUUGGGUUAUGCAAUGUUGAUUGUUUUAAGCAAACAGCAACCGCAGUUUGAUUAAGGUGGAUCAUAGGACAUGCAGACUGCAAUGUUAGUACUAAAUCUCAUAACUCAUCGUCAAAAUUCAUUCUGUUCUAAGUUAUUCUGAUUCCGUAUAAGGAAAAGAAACAAAGAAUCUGAUGUGCAAACGCUGAAGCUAUACUGCGCCUAAUUGGUGAAAAUUAUCAUUGAAGAGUAUACUUAAGUGUUGGUGUAAAGAAAUGCUUAAAGGCAAUUCUUGGCUGUGAUAGUUGAUCGAGUUGUUCACUUUUAACAUGAUUAUGCAAUAAGAGUGUAGAAAAGUCCUAUUUUCCUCAUA